AAUAGGAGUCGAAAAGGAAAGGCGAGCUAAUUUUUCUCGAAAGCUAAUCUUUGUUAUGGUUAUAAAAAAUGAGUUCAAUAAUUCAGGUUUUGAGACAAGCAGAUGCACUGAAAGCAAGUAUAUCAGAUUCCUCUAAAGGUGUGUCAGAGACAUGGGUUGUGAGGCAAAGGUUGGAGGAUCUAUACAAGAAGUUACUCCUUAUGGAUUUGGAGUAUGCCCUGGAUAAAAAAGUUGAACAGGAUUUAUGGAACUAUGCUUUCAAAAAUCACAUCAACAUUUUACAGAUACAGACAAAGGACAGACAGAAUAAUAAGAGAGGUGAAACACAUGCCACCCUCAACCUCUUUCUUGAAACUGCAAGUGGAUUUUACCUGCAGUUAAUACAAUUGAUUUGUACAACUUUCAAAUUGGAUUUGCCAUUUAGAAGAAAAUCAUCAUGUGUUGGGAUAAUGAAAGAAAAAUCUACUCUAAGAGUAAAGAUUGCACCACCAAAGAAAAGUUCCUGUCUGUAUGUCUGCCAGUACUGCUUAGUUCACUUAGGUGAUAUAGCUCGAUACAGACAACAGGUUGAACAAGCCCAAACAUUUUACUGGCAUGCUGCAAACCUUGUGCCAUUCAAUGGACAACCAUACAAUCAGCUUGCUAUUGUGGAGGCUGCAAGGGGAAACAAGUUAACCACAGUUUUUUAUUAUAUCCGCAGCCUAGCUCUCCGACAUCCUUUUCCCGCUGCUGCUACUAAUUUGGAAAAAAUGUACACAAAACUCACAAAAGACAUUCCUGAGCUGAAAGGAAAACUCUCAGUGAGUGAAAUGAUCACAUCGUUUCUCCAGCUUCAUGCAUGUAUUCAUCUCUGCACUGAACUUGACAGAGCAGCAGCACUGAGUUCUAAACUCCUGGCAGCCUUACCAGCCCAUGUAACAUCUCAGAGUUUUCCAUCUCUUAUUCUGGUACAAAUUGUGGCUAUAAAUAUCUUCUCCAUGCACCAUGCUCAACGUAUGACUCAGUAUCAGGACAGUGAGGAACAGUCCAACUCCUUCAAUGAAGAACUUGGCAGUGAAGAGCUCAGAUCAUUUUCUUUGAUGUUCAGUUUUACAAUUGGCAUUUUGGAUUUGCUCUUACAAAACACCCCGAAGCAAGAACAGAAACUGAAGGAGUUUUUCACCCUGCCAGCAGUCAAGCUUUUGCUUGACUGGUUCAGGUUAAAUCCUUUGCAACUUCAAAACCCAAUUCUAAAAUCAUCAAGUGUAAUGACAAACUUGAGCAAGGUUUUGAACAACAUCAGGCCGCCAGACAGUGAAGGAAGUCCAAAUAUUUCCAAAUAUGAUGAUCUGCCAUUACCAGAGGAUACAGAAUUGAGAUGUUUUCAAUACUUGGAAAAAGCACACAGGUGAAAUGCCAAGCUCAUUUUUAUCUCA